CCGUCGUUCAAGUAAAGAACCAACAGCAGCUAGUCAGCAAGGCCAGAGCCCAGAAGGCGCACAAGUACGAUUUUCGAUAAGCUCCCAUACCUUACCAUUCAUCAGUCAUCACUCGGGCAUUCACCAGCAGACAGCAUUUCGCCCGUUAUACGUGAUUUUUGACACCUCCAAUUGCAAAAACAGUUAUUAAGUUAACAACCCAAUUGAAAAAAUUUUCCUUUUUUCUCUUUCACCUGUAUUUUUUGACAUCUACUGCUACAGAUUCCACAUGGUCAGACUGAGAAUUGAUCCUCAUGACAAGAUUUAGGGACUCGAAAAAUCAUGCGAGGAAGAUAAGGGAUUCAUCUGUUCCCUAGUUGUGGACUGUGGACAUGGCUACAGAAAUCAAAGUUCAUGUGCUCAAGGCUAAACCCAAUCAAGAUGGCUCUUCAAAGGUUAAGGGACUUUCUCCUCUUAACAAGAAGAAGGUUGUCAGCUCAAGCAAACACACCCCGGACUCGAAGCAGAAAUCCGUCUCCACUCUUACUAAAUCUGAGGUGAAGGCGAAGACAACAUCAACAACAUCAAGUUCAUCAAAAUCUGUCUCUAAGACAACAGCUGUUAAGGUGAAAUCAAAGAAGAAAGUUUACACUUUGCCUGGCCAGAAAUACGAUCCUCCUGAAAGAGAGCCGCUAAGGAUAUUCUACGAGUCACUGUCCAAACAGAUACCCUCAAGUGAAAUGGCAGAAUUUUGGAUGAUGGAACAUGGUUUAUUGUCCCCCGAAAGAGCAAAGAAAGCAUAUGAGAGAAAGCAGAGGAGGCAACAGCAGCUAAGGAUGGGAACUCCCAUUAAGUCACUGAAACUUGAUAAACCUGAAAGCUCACAAAAGCAAAAGCAUGCCUCCAAGAACAGUGAUUUGAAAACCAAGAAGAGAAUAAUUAAUGAGAAUGAUGAUGAUGACUUCAUUGUAAGACCCAAGAAAAUUGUGAAAAGUUAAACCAAAGGCCCUUGUAACAAUGUAACUUUAUUCGGGGAAUACUCCUGAUAAAAAAGUUAGUUUGGCUUUAGCAUAACUUGAAAGCCAAAAGUCAAGUGUUGUUUGACAUUAUAAGAGGAUUUAUACAUUCUCUGUACUGUCUAUUUAUGUCAAAAAUUAAGCCAACUACAUUGUUUUCUUUUUUUUUUAUUUUGUUUUUUCAUCUGGUGGUACUUUAUGAUUUCAGAAUGUAUUUUUUUUUCCUUUGACAUAGAUAUUGCACGUUGAGAAGGCAUUUGGUAAA